AAAACACUUUUAUGAACAAAAUCAUAAAUCCUCUUCUCUCAAUGGAAAAUCCUCAGUCGACGGCUCGAAAACUAAUUCCAAUUCUGAUUGCUUCAUCGGUUCGAAGAUGCCAGAUCUCGGGAGUUCUCUGUAGAUUGACAAUCUCCCUUAAGUUUUUCUGCGAUUCAAACCCUAAAUCUGUUCGCAUUUCAAAAUUUAUUUGUGAUUCAGUGGUUUUGAAGAGUUCGUGAUUUUCAGAGCAAAUUCAAAAAUUCCUCUCUGAUUCCUUGUCAGAGUUUCUGAUACUGGCAUUGGAAGCAGUUUGGUAGAGUUCCAGGAACUGGAAGUAGAGAGGCUUGGUGUCUCCGACAAAUGGGAUGGUAUGAUCUCCGUUACAACUACUGGGAUAAAUGACAAGGAAAUCCACCACUAUCGUUUGAAUUUGAAUGCAUCCAAAACAAAGUUAAAAAGGUUGCCUCCCACAGAGAAAAAUUGUGGGACAUUCAGUGGAACAGAAGUGGGUCUGUCAACCUUGGAAGAAGAUAAGGCUGAUGAACUCAUGGCAUGGGUUGUUCACUUUAUACAAAAGAUGCUCGUAUUAAAAGAUGAAAAUGUUGCCAUUGAACUUGUAGCGGAGCAUAUAGACGGUCAACACUCAAGACGUGAUCAUCUUCUUCAACAAAAUGAUGACAAUUCCCUCCCCAUAUCAAGUUCAUGUAUUGAGCGCUUAGCUUCUGGCCUUGAAAAUUAUGUGCUCAAGCAUGGAAAUAUUGUAGAAGAGAACUGCCAGACAUGUGCUGCCAAAAGGGAACAUUUAAAGGUUGGAACUGGACAAGCAAGCAACACAGGAAAUGGUAAGAGUGCAGGACAUAUCGUGGAUGUGGCGAUUGUGAUAGCAACCAUGUCCUCAGAACAGUGUUGUUGGAGGGCAAACUCUUCAGUGACACAGGUUUUAUAUUUUCAGGACUUCUCGCUGGCAUCAAUCUCAGAUUCAUCAUUAAGUGCACUGAUAUCUGUCAACUGGCAAAAUUAUGGUUUGAAACUGAAGAGCAAUUUUGUUGACAAAGACAGUCAUGCUGUACUUGAAUGGGAUAAUAUACCAUUAUUUUCUCAUAUUGAUAUUGCCAUUCACAGUUAUAAUAAAGUAACAACGUUGCAAUCACGCCAGAAGACUGCAGCUGAAAGAGCCCUUAUUAAGAAAGCAGUUAAGAAUGCUAUGGAUGACCUGAAGGCAAAGGAUACUGGACUUUUUCUCAGCUCAAAUGCUUUGAAGGUUCGGCAAUAUGUUCCCGAACUUUCAAGAGCAAUUGCUGGUCUGAUCACAUCAUCAAACGAUUGGGAUUUCCAAAGCGAAUGUGCUUCAUUGCUUGGGUUGGACUCAGAUGAAGCUGAUCAGGAGGAAAUUGUUGAAUCUUGCAUCAGGGAUAAGAUUGUUGGAAUCAUAGAGAUUAAUGAUAGAAAAGUAAAAGGAGAAAGAGGUACUGCUCCCUGCCUCUUUGAAAGCGAAAGUCUGUAUGAGGAAGAAGAGUACCCAGACGAAGAUUGUGAUGGCUUGGAGGAAGAAGAUUUUAGUGUAUUGGAUGAUUUUUAGGAGUACUUUAGUUAUUGUUCAGUUGAUCAACAAUAUAUAAUAGUUUGAUUUUUUUUACCCCA